AUGAGCGCCCGCAAGCGCACGCUCACCCUCAGCGCCGGCGCUUCUCCUCCUCCUCCUCAACCGCCCACGAAGCGCAAGAGCCGCUUCUCUGACGCGCCGCCGCUGCCCGCGAAUGGCUCCGCCGCCAGCAGCAGCAGCAGCAGCGACGUGAACCCCCUCACUGGACUGCCGUUCUCGGCGCGGUACCAGACGCUCCUCGCGCAGCGGCAGCAGCUGCCCGUGCACCGGUUCCUCGAGCAGAUCCAAGCGGCCGUCCAGCAGCAUCAGGUGAUUGUCGUCGAGGGCGAAACGGGCAGCGGAAAGACGACGCAGAUCCCGCAGUUCCUUACGUUGCUGCAGGCGGCAAAGCCCCUCAUGGUCGCGUGCACCCAACCGCGACGCGUUGCGGCCACGAGCAUUGCCAAGCGCGUCGCCGAAGAAAUGGACGUGCAAUUGGGGUCGGAAGUGGGGUACACGAUCCGCUUCGAGGACGUGAGUGGCCCGCGCACGAAGCUGCGCUUCUUGACGGACGGUAUGUUGCUGCAACACGCCAUGAGCGACCCGCUGCUGUCGGCGUACUCGACGAUUGUGCUCGACGAGGCGCACGAGCGCACGCUGAGCACAGACAUUCUCUUUGGACUGCUGAAGGAAGUGCUGCCGAAACGGCGCGACCUGAAAGUCGUCGUCAUGAGCGCGACGCUCGACGCCGUCAAGUUCCAGACGUACUUUGAAGACGCGCCGCUGAUUGCCAUUCCCGGCCGCACGUUCCCCGUCGAGAUCUUCUACACGCCCGAACCCGAGCGCGACUACCUCGACGCCGCGGUGCGCACGGCCGUGCAGAUCCACAUUUGCGAAGAAGAAGGGGACGUGCUGCUCUUCCUCACGGGCCAAGAGGAGAUUGAAAACGCCUGUCGUGACAUUCGCGCGCAAGCCGACGCGCUGGACGCGGCCAAGUACGGCCCUCUGGACGUCUACCCCCUGUACUCGUCGCUCACGCCGCACCAGCAGCAGCUCAUCUUUAAGCCUGCGCCCGAGCCACGCUUCCCAGGCGGCCCGAAAGGCCGGAAGAUUGUCGUGUCGACGAACGUGGCCGAAACGUCGCUGACCAUUGACGGUAUCGUGUACGUGAUUGACCCGGGCUUCUCCAAGCAAAAGGUGUACAAUCCGCGCAUUCGAGUCGAGUCGCUCCUCGUGUCUCCGAUCUCACGUGCGUCAGCCAAACAGCGUUCCGGUCGAGCUGGUCGUACGCGACCGGGCAAGUGCUUUCGCCUCUACACGGAGCAAUCGUUCCUGAAGGACUUGGAAGAGCAGACGUACCCGGAGAUUCUGUGCUCGGAGAUGAGCGGCGUCGUGCUCACCCUCAAGCAGCUGGGCAUUGACGACCUGGUGCACUUUGAUUUCAUGGACCCACCAGCUCCCGAAACGUUGAUGCGUGCGUUGGAAAUGCUCAACUACCUCGGCGCGUUGAGUGACGAGGGGGACCUCACGGAGCUCGGCCGUCAGAUGGCCAUGUUACCUGUGCUCCCGCAGCUGGCAAAAAUGCUGAUCUCGUCCGUAAAGUAUCAAGUGCCGCAGGAAGUGGCUACGAUUGUGGCCAUGCUGUCUGUCCAGGAGCCUUUCAUUCGUCCAAAGCACGACGCCAAGGCCGCGAAUGAAGCCAAAGCAAACUUUGCGCACGCAGAUGGCGACCACCUCACGCUGUUGAACGUUUUUCACGCGUACAAACUGAACAAUGGCGAUGCAAAUUGGUGCUACGAGAACUAUUUGAACAACCGGUCGCUGCAGAGUGCGUCGAACGUGCGCGACCAGCUGAUCCGAAACAUGAUACGACUGGAAAUGCCGACGCAGUCCACGCUGGACAUCCAUUCUGCCCACUACUACCCGAACAUCAUCAAAGCACUGGUGUCGGGGUUUUUCAUGCAGGUGGCUCACAAAGAGGCCGACGGACGCUUUAUGACUGUGAAGGACAACCAGUUCGUGCACCUGCACCCUUCGUGUGUACUCGACCAGAAGCCCGACUGGGUCGUCUACAACGAGUUUGUGCUCACGAGUCGCAACUAUAUUCGCUUGAACACCCGCGUUAGAGGCGAGUGGCUUGUGGACAUUGCGCCUCAUUACUUCGACCUGACCAACUUCCCACCUGGUGAGGCCAAGCGGGAGCUUGAGGCGCUGUAUCGCCGCAUGAAUGCCUCGAAAAGAUAG